UCAGAGAAGAAUGGGUAUAAGAAACCAUUCCACAGAGACUGAGUUUCUUCUUUCAGGAUUAACUGAACAACCAGAGCUUCAGCUGCCUCUUUUCUGCCUCUUCUUAGGAAUUUAUACAGUUACUGUGGUGGGAAACCUUGGCAUGAUCUCAGUAAUUAGGCUGAAUCCUCGACUUCAUACCCCCAUGUACUACUUCCUGAGUAGUUUGUCUUUUUUAGAGUUCUGCUAUUCUUCUGUCAUUAUUCCUAAAAUGCUAUCAGGGUUUUUAUGCAGAGAUAGAUCCAUCUCCUAUCCUGGAUGCAUGACUCAGCUGUUUUUUUUCUGUGUCUGUGUUAUUUCUGAAUGCUACAUGCUGGCAGUCAUGGCCUAUGAUCGCUACGUAGCCAUCUGCAGCCCACUGCUCUACAAGGUCAUCAUGUCCCCUAGGGUCUGUUCUCUGCUGGUGGCUGCUGUCUUCUCAGUAGGUUUCACCGAUGCUAUGAUCCAUGGAGGUUGUAUACUAAGGUUGUCUUUCUGUGGAUCAAACAUCAUUAAACAUUAUUUCUGUGACAUUGUCCCUCUUAUUAAACUCUCCUGUUCCAGCCCUUAUAUUGAUGAACUUUUGAUUUUUGUCAUUGGUGGAUUUAACAUGGUGGCCACAAGCCUAACAAUCAUCAUUUCAUAUGCUUUCAUCCUCACCAGCAUCCUGCACAUCCACUCUAAAAAGGGCAGGUGCAAAGUCUUUAGCACCUGUAGCUCCCACCUGACAGCUGUUCUUAUAUUUUAUGGGUCUCUGAUGUCCAUGUAUCUCAAACCUGCUUCUAGCAGUUCACUUGUCCAGGAGAAAGUAUCCUCAGUAUUUUAUACCACUGUGAUUCCCAUGUUGAAUCCCCUGAUAUAUAGUCUGAGGAACAAGGAAGUGAAAAAUGCCCUGAUGAAACUUUUAAGAAGGAAAAUAUCUUUAUCUCCAUGACAAAUGUUUUUUAUUAAUAUCUAUUUAUGUAUU